ACUGAAGUUAGGUAUACAGCUGAGAAGAUGAUGGAAGAAAGUGGAAUUGAGACUACACCUCCUGCUAGUCCGACACCCCCUUCGACUGUGGCUGCCACAGUCAGCACCCCACCAAUCCCUACUGGUCUGUCCAGUCCGAUGACACUCCCAGGCACCAGCUCCAUCAGUUUGCCCUCAGUCUCUACUUCUCUGCCCCCCAUUCCAUCCAUUCCUGCUUUCUCCACAUCUCUGGCUGCACCUCCUUCCCUCUCUUCCCAAUUUCCCUCUGCCUCACCUUUCACCAGCAGCUCUCCCUUCCCCCCCUCUGCCUCUCCCUCUUUGCCACUUCUGGCCUCUUCCAUCAGACCACCUCCUGCUCCAGUUCCUGGCAUGUCUGCCCCACCUGUGGGCCCGCCCAUGUCCAACUUCUCUAUGAGUGCAGGAUAUGACAUCACACGAGGUCAUGCUGGUCGAACACCACAGACACCACUGAUGCCAACAUUCUCCAGUCCUGCUGCCUUGCCAGGUGUAGUGUCCAACCCCAUGGUUCAGCAGCCAGCCAUGACAGGAGGAUUGGAUACUGGAUCUCCAAUCACUUUCCCAGAGGAGCAGGAGGAUCCCAGAGUGUCUGGAGAUACCAACACUGGUGGAAGCAUCUGGGGCUUUUUCAAGGGAGUAGCAGGUAACUCUGUAGUAAAGACAGUCCUGGACAAAACCAAGCACUCUGUGGAGUCCAUGAUCACUACCCUGGAUCCUGGCAUGGCUCCAUACAUUAAGUCUGGCGGGGACAUUGAUAUUGUGGUGACAUCAGAUAAGGACAUGAAUGUGGAGGCAGUCAGAGACGCCUUCCAGGAGGUUUUUGGGAUGGCCAUGGUCACUGGAGAGCCUGGGCAGUCCAACAUCGCCCCACAGCCUGUGGGCUAUGCAGCUGGUGUCAAGGGAGCUCAAGAACGCAUCGACAGUCUGCGUCGAGCUGGUGUGAUCCAUGAGAAGCAGCCAGUGGUUUCUUUGGAAAACUUCAUUGCUGAGCUUUUUCCUGACAAGUGGUUUGACAUAGGCUGUUUAAUCCUGGAGGACCCUGGUCAUAGCAUCCGCAUUGAGUUAUUCACCCAGGCAACUCCCCUGGCUCUUGAUCACAUUCAACAGGCUCAGUCCCUGACUCCUCCUGACUACAGUCUGCGCUGGUCUGGUCUGAUCGUCACAGUAGGUGAGGUCCUGGAGCGCAACCUGCCUAACAUCAACAAAACAGACUGGCACCAAGCCAUGACUGGUAUGACCCAACGCCAGAUGAUCCACAGUGCAGCUAAAGCCUUGGCUGGAAUCUACAAACAGCAGUUGCCACCCAGGACUGUGAGAGACUGAAAGGUUGUAGCUUCUGUGACAUACUGGAAAGACGUGGAAGCACGUUGGAGGGUAAACUAGCUGAUGGACAACGAUGUUCCUCUUUGCCCCACAUGUGCUCUUCAUCUGUCCUUAUAGGGCAAAGCCAAAUGCAUAUUUCUUCAUAAAUAUUUAAAUUUGUGUCCACAGGUGUUUACUGACAUUCCAACACAUUUUUCAAUUCUUUUUUGCCAUCUUAGUCUUUAUAAAAUACUUAACCUUUAAAUCAUCAUCUCUUUCAUUCACCCUUCUUACUCAUCAUGUCUCAUAUCAGCAAUACAUUGUGGCAGCAUUUAUUUUUCAUGAUUUGUUUAUGCACUUGUAUGGUUAUUGUAGAGAGUGUCCCAGUUAUACUCUAUUUUCUAGAUGCUGAUCCAAAAUUUUGGAAAACCUGAAAUCUCAGUGUAACAUGACUGAUGCAAUGAGAAUGAACAUAAUGUGGACCUGGCCUGGGUUGGUCCGUAGUUUGACAACUGAUCAAACUUGUGCCCUCUACAUCAAUCUGUAAAAAUGUAGAUUUUGUUUUGUGCCUAAGUUUGGAGUGCAACAUUGUUGCAGUUAGUGCACAAGAAAAUGGUGUCCUAUUGUGUAUUAAACUGAAAUGAUACACGGUGCCUGCCAAUGUCCCGAUACUGCUGCCAGUUUCACAAUUGCGGAACUUAAAUAUCAGCUAAGAAGGUUUUCUGAAGGGCAGUACAAGCUCUUACUAGAAGCAUCACUCUGUUGUCCACUUGUUUUUAUUUCUGUCUGCCUGUAAAUAAAUACUCCAUUUUCCUUGUCAGAAACAUAUCCCUCAACUAUUCUUAAUUACCGUGUGAUGGGGCCAUGAGGCUGAAAUGGCUGAGCUCAGUCAUGCACUAAUCUUUUUCCUCUUUAUGCAGUAAUGAUGUUGUAGGCAUAUUGCUUCUGUUAAAUUUCUGUAAUAAUUUGCUGUGUGGUAAUUUAUUUGAACGAAAAAUAAUUUGAGAAGAUGCAACAUGUACACUACCAGGCAAAAGUUUGGACUCACCCCUAAUUUUUCUGUGAUUGGUUCAUAUUACCUAAAUUAUGAGUGCAAUUUAGCCAUGUUUCAUUUCUAAUCACAGUAGAACUAUAGAUACAAACACUGAAAACAAAAUUAAAGAAUUUAGCAUAUAAUACUCUUAAUAAACUGUCUAAAUCUGUGACUCUUCAAAAUAGCCUCCUUUAGCUUUGAUAAGUGCUUGACAAAUUCGAGGCAUUCUUGCAAUCAGUGACAUGAAAUGAGAUGGGAGAUCACUUGAAAUUUCCUCCCAUGCUUCUGCCAACAUCUCAUAAAGGUUUGCAGCACUUGUGGGUUGCUUGUUCCUGACGUUUCUGUCCAGUUCAUCCCAUGCAAGUUCGAUGGGGUUAAGGUCAGGGGAUUGAGCUGGAGUCAUAAUCCUUAGCUUGCCCUCCUCUUCUUUCUUGGCCAAAUAUCUCUGACACAGUUUGGAGGUGUGCUUUGGAUCGUUGUGUGAAUGGCUGUCCCACUAAACGCAGCCCAGAGGGAAUGGCAUGCCUCUGUAAGAUACUGUGGUAUCCAUGCUGAUUUAGAAUUCCUGUGACUUUGUGCAGAUCACCAGUCUGUCCCCCUGCAAAACAGCCCCACCAUGCUUUACUGUGGGAACAACACACGCAGGAGUCAAGCGUUCUCCAACCCUAUGUCGAACGUACUUGCGUACUUUUGAUUUCAAACUUUGACUCGCCUGUAAACAGAACUGUUUUCCAUUCUUCUACAGUCCAGUUUCUAUGUUCUUUAGCCCACUGAAGUCUCUUCUUUAUGUUCUGCUUUCUUAGCAGUGGUUUCCUGGGAGCUACCCUGCCUUUCAGACCAGAUUCCCACAGUCUACGCCGCACAGUAUCCACUGACACAUUAUUGCUCCCGGUUGAGUUUAGCUGAGCUCUUAUUUCUGGGGCUGUCUUUUGUGUAUUUUGAAGACUGGUGACCCUGUUGAACUUUUGUUCAGUUUUAGACGUGACUCUGCUUCUUCAUAUCUCUUUAAUGUUUUUGCAACUCCACUUUGUGAGACUAACUUUCUGAGCAAUUUGUCUUGUAGAAUAGUCUUGUUUUUUCAAAGCCUGAAUUUCAGUACUUUUUUCUUUGCUUGACUGAGGUUUUCUGGCCAUUUUUGUGCUACUUCAGAUUUAGAUAAUUUUCAAAUGAGCUAAAGACAUUCUUCUUUCCAGAAAUUAUCUGUCUUUAAUAUCAACUCAAAAAGGUAACACAAAAUAUUUGUGAACAGAGUAAAGAACUGUGAAUCAAGGUGUGAAAAACAUUCUACUGGGACGGCAUAAUUGUUACAGGGGACAUGCAACCCUUUGUAAAGGUAUUUUAACCAAACAAAAGAUGUUUCUACGUAAACCUUCUAGUAAUGCUUUCAUCAAUAAAUGCUUAGAAAUAUC